GUAACCAGGAAGUAGUACUUGGGAGGUCAAAUUAUAGUUACAUUGAAAGGAUCAAAGUUUAACCUCUCCCACAAAAUGGCGACAGGUAAGGACAUUAAGUCGUCUGUUGUUGUUAGUUCAGAGGAGAUUUUUGAUACAAAUUGCUCACCGUGUUCCCGGAAUCUGGAAAACUACUGGAAGCAGUUAAGUUUUGUGUGGAUUGUGGGUCGUAUUUCUGUUCUAAAUGUCUCGAGUAUCACAACAAAUUUCCAGCAUUAAGAUCACACCAGAUAUUAGACAAAUCAGAUAAAAUUAGAUCAGAUGGAAUUAUUGAAACAGGACCCGGACUACCAAACAGAAAGGUGCGCAAUUCAUCAUGGCAAGUUAGUGGACAUGUUUUGUAAAGACCAUGAUGAAGUUUGUUGUGCAGCAUGUAUAGCUAUAAAACACAGGUCAUGUAUAAAUGUUGAUUAUCUACCAGACGUUGCCCAUGGUAUAAACAACAGUACUGAGUAUGAAAAAACUAAAUCAUCACUCGAGAAUGUUCUCAUCGAAUUAAGAGGUGUGAUAGAAGGUAAAACGGAUAAUCUCAAAAUACUUCAGAAGGAUAAGGAGCAGUUAUUUGAAGAGAUAGAAAAGUUGAAAACGGAAAUUCUGAUGAAAGUUGAAGAGCUGGUAAAAACUUCGAAACAACAAGUAUCAUUGAAGUAUGUAGAAGUAAAGAAACAUAUCCAGUCAGAUCUAGACGCUUUAAAUACUAUUUUAACAACGACAACAACAGAUCUCCGGAAACUGUCAGAAAAAAAUGAAUCCCAGUUGUUUCUUAAUCUCAAAGCAAGUAAAGUUUCUAUCAGGGAUUGUGAAACUUUUUUGAGUAAAUUAUCAACAGGUAAAGUAAAUGAGAAGUUGGGAUUGGUGGCGAAUAACAGUCUGAAAGAUAAACUAAAUGACAAUGAGAGUCUGGUCUCUGAUGUUUACAUUGAGAGUUCGGUUGAUGUCAUCGGUGUGAAGGAAUACAAAGCAACACUUUCUGGGAAAUACAAGAUCGAUCCGGAAAAUUGUGAGGUAACUGGUAUAUGUACCAUGGAUGAUGGUUCAUUUGUCAUUGCCGAUUACACACAUUCAAAACUGAAGCGACUGAACGACAAAUAUACGGUAACAGAUUUUGUUGAAGUAGGUGGACGUCCAUACUCGGUAUGCAGAGUAGGACAAAACGAGGUUGCAACAUACAUAAAGGGUAAAUGUCAGAUACAGCUUUUUUCGCUCGGAAAAGCUAUGCAGAUGUCAUCAGCAAUAAAUCUUGGCAACUUUAGUUUUCCAGUUGGUGUUUGUUAUGAUACAACAUUUGACGCUAUCAUGUUAUGUGACAGCGAUAAAAUAUCAAUAUAUAGCAAGUCCGGUAACUUAAUAAAAAUAUAUGAGAAGAAUAAAAAUGGUGACCAGCUAUUUACAGGAACAAGACAAGUAGCAAUGAACACAAAUAAUCAGAUCAUGGUUGUUUCAAAUGACAACGGGAAUAAUGUGAAGGCAUUGGCAAGAGAUGGUGAAGAGGUUUGGACAUUUACUGAUCCAGGAUUGCAGAGACCAUGGGGAGUCUGUAUCCUGCCAGGAGACAUAAUCUUAGUCAGUGGAUUUAGCUCAUACAAUGUACUGCAGGUUAACAUGAAAGGUGAAAAGAUCAGUGAACUGUUGGGAGCUUCUGAACAACUAAAGGGACCGUUUGCAUUGGCUUUUGACAAAAAGAGUUCUCGGCUGUUAGUAGGGUGCAGUUCAAACGAAGUAAACGUGUACACGUUGUCUAAGACAUAGAUUAUACUUUUAGGGUAAUCAGAUACACCAUUGACUUGGCGUGACACUAUCAAACUUGAUUAUCAUAAUAGUUUUGUGGUAAAAUGAAUGUUCUUUAACAUUAACAACCAGUUUAAAUAAAACAAGCAUAUCUUGCUACAUUUUGCCUAUGAUAUUGCUACCUGUUAACAUUGGUAAUAUCUCUGUUUGAUAAUACAUGUGAAGUAUCGAAAAUAGAACUAAGUGUCAUAUUUUGUAUCUAUUCUUUACUGAAAUUUAAGAAAUUGAAGCUCGAA